AUGCCGCCAAAGAAAAGGGCAGCGGCCAGAUCCGUGGCCACACGGGGUCGUAGGUCAGCACGAAAUCGACCAGUCGCCGAGUCAAGCAUACCGGAUGUCUAUCACGAGAUGCUGGCAGAAGCGGAGGCUUCGGGGCCGCCUCGAGCAUCCGCUCGGCCAACUAAGCGCCGAAAAUUGGACGAGGACCCGGUGAACAGUACCCAAUUGCAUGUAGAGCCUAUCGAAGAGCUUGCCUUCGCACUACUACCGAGCGAAGAUGAGCCUGCUGAACCUCAACAUCAUCAGCCAGUGAUCUACGAUGAGUUCGAAGAUUCUGACGACGAUAUCGAGUUUGAAGAUGUUGAAUUGGCGGUCUCAGAGGAAGAUGAGAAGCCCGAGCAGAAAGUCUUCACUGUUGAUGUGUCAGCGCCUGUCGAGACACCCAAGCGUCUUCCCAAACGCCAGAUCGUAUCAGCCGCAGAACGGAGAAAGCGCCUAGAGUGGCACAAAGCUCACCUGUUCCUCUUACUUCUCUCAAUGUGGUGUCGAAAUCGUUGGUGCGAGGAUGGCGAUGUGCAAGCAACGUUGAAAUCCCUUGUCCCCCGCAAGGUCGUCAAGCUGCUGCACGAGGAUGAAUCGAAGUCGCAGCUGCAACGCUCUCAUUCUUUCAACAAGGGCAUCGAGGAAAUCUGCCUUCUUUGGCGGACGACUUGGACUACCAUCGGGAGGGGUAUGCGGCGAGCAACAUGGCGUGACGAUAUUCAGGUUGAGAAAGAGAGCGGCUUGUCCGAAGAUCUGGAUUUCGACGACUUCAGAUCUGCCGCGCAAACGCAGCGCGGUUCGCGAGAUCUAGGGGCGCAGAUGUUCUGCGCGUUGCUCCGCUCAGUGGCCGUUGAGACACGCCUAGUCUGCUCUCUUCAGGCUCUCCCAUUCUCAGCCGCUGCUAAAGGCCAGACUCCAGAGAAGGCCAUGCCAAAGUACUCUUUUGCUCCGACACAAAGCUUUGGCACCUCCACUGUGAGCACGUCCCGUAAGAAGCAAAAGGACUCCGCCUUCCCAGUCUAUUGGGUCGAGGUCUUCUCGCCUGCGGCUUCAAUGUGGAUUCCACUCGAUCCGUUGGUCCGGAAUACCAUUAAUAAACCCAAAACUGGAUUCGAGCCGCCCGCAUCAGAUCCAUUGAACGCAAUGUCUUACGUUGUUGCCAUAGAGGAUGAUGGGUCUGCACGCGAUGUGACAAGACGGUAUGUCCAAUGGUUCAACGCCAAAACUCGCAAAGCACGUGUCGAGAGUACCAAAGACGGCGAGCAUUGGUGGCAUGAUACAUUAGCACACUUUGCAAAACCUUUCCCCGAGAGUCGAGAUGAGAUCGAAGAUGCUGAUCUCCUUCGUCGCUCAGAGGCCGAGGGUAUGCCAAAGAAUGUCCAAGACUUCAAGGGCCAUCCGAUCUACGUUCUGGAGCGGCAUCUUCGUAUGAACGAAGUCAUCCAUACAAAACGUGAAGUGGGAAAGACUGCCGUUGGUAGCGGUCACAACAGCCAGAAGCUGGAGAGUGUUUACCGACGCAGCGAUGUUCACACUUGCCGCACGUCCGAUGCAUGGUAUAGGCGAGGUCGAGAUGUCAAGCAAGGCGAAGUCCCGCUGAAGAGAGUGGUUCGAAAAAUCAGGCGCAAUAUCGAUGCUGAUGAUGACAAUCCUGACGCUCAAGAUGAUGCCGCUCUAUAUGCCGAGUUCCAGACCGAGGUUUACAUGCCGCCGCCCGUGGUCAAUGGCCGGAUUCCACGCAACGCGUUUGGCAAUAUUGAUGUCUAUGUACCAGCAAUGAUCCCUGCUGGAGCAGUCCACGUUCAGCAUCAGCUCGCAGCAAGAGCCGCAAAAUUGAUGGGCGUUGACUACGUGGAAGCAGUAACGGGAUUUGAGUUCAAGGGCCGACAGGGCACUGCUGUUCUCAACGGAGUCGUUGUGUCCUCCGAAGUACGCUUUGGCUUGGUGGCAGUCAUUGUUGGGCUGCAGACGGAUGCACGCACGGAGGCUCAGGAGAAGAGAAGUGCAUUACUACUCGCACUUUGGAAGAAAUGGCUCACGGCGCUCCGGAUUCGGGAACGCAUCCAGCGGGAGUACGGCAACAGCAAUGAUGACGAGAUUCACGAUGAUGUGUCCAUGUACAAUGGAAGCGACGAUGAAGAGGGUGGAGGAUUUGUUCCGGAAGCUGGCGACGCACCCGCAGAAGAUGAGCAAGCGCAGUCAUCGGUCGUUUCGGACGUCACCUCUAAGGUUCUACUUACUGGCCUUCCUUCCGAGCCUACAUAUUCAGAGGUCGUGGUCACGGAGUCGCCACAUCAAGCGCCUCGGUUGCCAGAACCAUCAAUCGCUUACCCCAAUCAGCCCGAAAGUGACACCGUCUCGAGCCACGGUCAGCCUGGGCAUGGAGCUGGGGGCUUCUUUGCGGAAGACGACGAGCUCGGUGGUGGAUUCAUGCCUGAAGAAAGCGAUCCAGCUGUUCUCGAAGACAGCAACAUCGAUGCAGUUGUCGAACAAUCCGAUCCAGGCGGCGGCUUCCUUGUCGACGAGACGUCGGCAGUCACAAGCAUGGCUGAACCACAGCAAUCGUUUGACAAAGCGCUUGCGGAUCUGAAAGAUCCGACAAUAUCACUCCAGUCACCUAACCCGGAAGGCAGCCUCUUGUAUCCAUCGGAGGCUGAGCGCCGUUUGAACAUUGCGGUAUCCCGCACAUCGCCAAUACUGCCAACACUAUCGGAUCGGAACGUUAAUGUGUUGCAGUCAGAUUAUACGCAAGCACCAGUACCAAUCAGCUCUAGUACAGAAAGUCCAUCAACCGCUGAUAGGGCCACGGCUGGCAGGGUGGCGGCAAAUGGAGCAGACGAGCUAGACUCGCCAACAUCCCGGCUCAGCCACGACCCGGACGAGGAUGAAAUGGAACCAGAGUGGUUAUUAGACAGCCUCGGUGACUAA